GGGUCUUGGUGACGGCUUUCUUGGAGCCCUUCUUGGGCGCUGGGGCGGACUUGGCCGGCUCAGGCAUCGUAGCACACGCAAGACUCACACACCAGAAACAAAACACUCAGUACCAGCGCCCCGCUCGCGGCAGCGCUUUUAUAGCAGCGCGGUGCCGGCAGCGGCUCCAGAGCGCCGCAUCGCCAUUGGCUGCGAGCGCAGCCUGAGGGCGGCACCGCACGCCGAGCUUCGCUAUUGGGUGUCUCUCGAUCCGCGUUCCCAUUGGCCGCACAAACAACGCGGCUCCGGCAGCCAAUCGGAGACGGCGCCGCCGCUCCACCCGAUCCGAAUAUAAACGGCGCGUCCCGGAGCAGUUUCGCGCUGUUGCGGAGUUGUUUCUGUUGCUACUUGUGAGAAUCGCUGAGAUGUCCGGCCGCGGGAAGCAGGGCGGGAAGGCGCGGGCCAAGGCCAAGUCGCGCUCGUCGCGGGCCGGGCUGCAGUUCCCCGUGGGCCGUGUGCACCGGCUGCUGCGCAAGGGCAACUACGCGGAGCGGGUGGGCGCCGGCGCCCCGGUGUACCUGGCUGCCGUGCUGGAGUACCUGACGGCCGAGAUCCUGGAGCUGGCGGGCAACGCGGCCCGCGACAACAAGAAGACGCGCAUCAUCCCCCGCCACCUGCAGCUGGCCAUCCGCAACGACGAGGAGCUCAACAAGCUGCUGGGCAAGGUGACGAUCGCGCAGGGCGGCGUGCUGCCCAACAUCCAGGCCGUGCUGCUGCCCAAGAAGACCGACAGCCACAAGGCAAAGACCAAGUGAACACCUAAAGAAUACCACCCGGAAAGCUUUUCACCAGAGAAAACCCAAAGGCUCUUUUCAGAGCCACCAACAAAUUCUGGAAAAAGAGUUUGAUCUCAUUAAAUGGAAAAGCAGCCUGCGGUAUAUUUUACAAUAGCCAUGUGAGGCUGAGUCACACAGCCGCACUAUGUGCGGUGAUACAGUCCCGCGUACACAACCCUUCCGCGCCCGCC